AUGAACAAGCAGCAAUUAUCAGAUCAAGCCAAGUCCAUUAAGGACUCUGACAUGGAACGUCAUACUACGCAACUUAACGAAAAGAUGAACUCAUUACAGAGCACAAUCACUAAUCUCGAGAAUCAAAUUGCGACGCUGCAAUCCCAAUUGCAAGAAGCCACCUCAAAGCUAAGAUCCCCUAAUGCUCCAUCUCAGACAGUCCAGAACCACAUCCGACUCCUGCACGAUUACAAUGAAAUCCGGGAUAUAGGGCAAGGGCUGCUGAGCCUGAUUGCGGAGAAACGUGGCGUUCGCUACAAGGAUGUACUGGAGGAGUUUGGGGUUGAUGCCAAUGAUUGA